CGGCAAUUGUAUGGCGGCUAUAUCUAUUCCAUGAGGAAUGAGUUAAUAAUAUUUCCUUCUGGAUAUUUCAGUUUGACAUCCUGGAUACGUAGAUUUGUGCAGAGUUGUAUGUUACCGAUAAUAUUUGAGAGCAUCACGUGUUUUCGCUGUACCAGCGGAUACUCAGUUUGUUUGUAUCCCGUCUGUUGAGUUACAUCAAACACAUAUCAGAUUGAUUUAUAUUUUGCGAAACUAUCUAACAGUUCGGAAGUGGAAUUUCAGUUAUCUCGUGGCGUCAGUAUGUACAGUUCUCGCAAAAAUGAAUAAUUCAUCAAACUACAAUCCUAUGGUGGGUAGGAAUACUGAGUUGUCUCCCGGUGUAAUGCGUGAUAACAGUCGACGUGUACUGAACCCAGGUUCUCACAGUCACGAGAAUCACCUAAACUGCCUACCAAACUCCUCAAGUCAUGGGAUGUUGUGUUCCGGAAAUGGGUUCAACAAAUCUAUAUCUACUUUUUCCUCUUGCUUUCCUAGUCUCACUGUCUCCAUGGAACAAAAUCUAGGUGCAGAUUAUUCUCAGUAUCAUUCUUGGAGUAGCUCCCCACCACCUCCAGCUCUUUCUCCUGUUAGUUCAUCACCCACACAUGGAAGUAGCAAUACUACUAAUAAUAAUAAUCAACCGUCUUCUCCAUCACCUCCAAUUAUUGUUGCUGAAAUUCGAGGGCCUUCAUCUAUUUCAUCCCUGUCAGCUUCUGAGAAGAGCACUCACGCUGGGGAAACAUUCAAAAUGAUCAAUCAGCAAGUACCACAAACCCUCAAUAAACCAACAAACUCUAGAUGUCCUAGAAUAGUAAGUGACAUAUCUAUGUCCAGUUCAAGUAGUUCAUCUUCCUCUACAUCUUCUUCAUCAACUCUAAAUGAAACUAUUCAUGUUACAAAUGGUCUACCAAUCCUUGAGAAAAUCUCUAUUGUUCUUGGGUCACCUAUAAAACAAGUUGCUGAUAACUUCAUGGUUCGCACGAACAACAGUUCACCGCUAAAAGUUGACGAACCAAAGAUCCCACAGUUAAUCUUAGAAAAUCACCUGCUUUCACCUAGUAAAUGGGAAGAACCCACAGAAAAGGUGGAUGAUUCUAUCAAAACUAGCUUGCCUGAUGUAAGGGAGGAUAGCAAGACAGAUGAUGCAGUAACAACUACUGACAAGCCCAAGGUGACACCUAAGCGAAAAGCAUCAGCUCGUCCAAGGCGUAGAACCAAGUCACGAAAGAUUCUAGGCGAUUCAGAUUCCGACUUUGAACCAUUCUCGCAAUCCCAAGCAAGCGGGUCUCGUGGAAGAGCAGAUGCAAGGGCUGCUAUUAGUCGAGCACGACAAAAGAUUAAUAAUAAAAGAUCUGUUGGUGGGGCUACCUCAGAAACUGUUGGUGGAACAAGUGCAGAUAUUGCUAUGCGUAGAAAGUACUUAGAAUCACCUUUCUUGUGCCUUUGUCAAGGAGGAAAAACAGUUUCUAGUUUGCUGAAAUCUUCAGGAGAAGUCAUUAAGUCCAACUGCACUCCAUCCGGCUCAAAGACCAAUAGCAUAACACCAGACAAUGAAUUAGUUGAUAUGAGCUCUUUAUCCGCUCAUAUAAUCAAUCCCGCUUUACGCGACUUAUCUGCUCAACAAGUUGGUGGCAUUAAUAUCUCUCACUGCAGUAUACCAGUCAGUUGUCCAUUCAAAGCCUCUAAUCUGAAUGGAGGUGAAUCAGUUAAUGCUGAAAAACAUGAUGUGGGGAUUGAGUCUCGUAGUAUCUUGGCAGGUAUUACCUACAGACCUUCAGGUCCUCUUCGUGGUCGUGACUACCAGUUUCCUACCUCAGUGAAUCCCAAAAGUCUUUGGAUAUGUGCAUUCUGCGGUGAGGAUAACAAGUAUACUGAACUUGGUUGUUUAUACGGUCCUUAUUGGCUUACAGAAGCUGAUAUAAAACAGCUGCCCUCAGAACUCACCUAUAGUUCCACUGAUGAAUACAAAUCAACAGAUGAAGAAAUCCAGUCUGAGACACCAACGUCACCUCUAUCUAGACGUGCAAAGAGUAUAGAAAGGGCUAUUCGUUCUGGUGUUAUCACAUCAACAACUACACGAUCUGCAGCAGCUCAGGGACGCACUACAGUCGCAAAUACUGGUGUUCUCCGCCUAGUUAUCAAGGCUUCAAGUGCUCAACGCUUAUUGAAAAAUCCACCCAAUGAAUGUAAAGCAAACAACGAGUCGUCCACAUUUUUAAAGCCUAGAGUAGGAUCCGAUGGUGAAGUUUGGUUUCAUUUUGAGUGUGUACUUUGGGCUCCUGGAACAUACAUGAAAGGAAAUGGUGUCAUUGGGGGACUCGGCGAGGCUUUGCAACUAGCCCUAAAUGCGAAGUGUUCAUUUUGUCAUAAACCUGGAGCAAUUUUGAGUUGUUGUAAUCGAGGAUGUAAUUUAAGUUAUCACUAUCAGUGUGCACAUAAAGCUGAAUGUCAUUUAGAUCGGGAACAGUAUAUCCUAUUGUGUAAAAAACAUCAUAUCUAUUCAUAAUCAGAACUGACUAGGAUGGUGAUUGUCGAAAUCUUCCUCUCUCCAUAUCUAUCUAUCCAUCCUCUAUGCUCCUCUAUGGAAUUUAAUUCGUUAUAUUUUCAACACACUUAUUUUCUGUAAAACAAUAAAAUAGCUGACUGCAAAUACAAAUACCACUACUCUUAAUAGUAGAUUGAUAUAUGCAUUAUUAUCUAUCAUUAAUGUUGUUGUCCUCCUUGUCGUUGCCGUUGCCGUCGGCUUCUCCGUGUAUAUUCUUGAUGAAAUGAAAUAGAAACACAGACACACGCAACCACACAAACUGGGAACAUUAAAGAAGUAAGUGAUUGUACAGUUACACAUUCUCCACAACCCCGCCCUUUCUCUCUCUCCUAACCUUUCUCUUUUUGUCAUGCAUACAUGUCAAUCAUUUCUCCCUCUCCCGUCUCUCUCCCUCGCUCCGGCAUACACACAUCACAAGCCAAAGAUUGCUUAAAGUGUGUCUAUAUUACACAUAGAUCUUAUGGUGUACUGUUUACUUACUGUGUUGUGUAUACCUUUUACCUUAUGUAUCUAUAUUCCUAUGUAUGUUUGUAUGUAUGUAGAUGAGUGCCAACAACUCUGCCUUACAAAUGUGUUGAACAGUUUUAUUGCUUUUAUCAAUAAAUAAAAAAAGGAAAUAUAUUUGUGAAUAACUCUCUCUCUUUGUACUACUGGUAACUGUUGUCACCUACUCACUCACUCAUUCGCUCACCCACUCACAUACACACAGUUACACAUUCAUCCACACACACACAAAUAGGAUUAAAAGUGGGGCAAAGAAGAACUAAUCCUCUGUUGAUAUCAAUAUGUUAACAAAUUAUGCAUGUAUUUAUUUAUCUUUUAUUUUAUUUUAUGUAUUUGUUGUUGCUGUUCUUGUUGUUGCUGUUGUUGUCUGGUUGGUUUCGUUUUCGUUUCUGUUUCUUGUUCUUCCAUUUUGUUCUCAUUUAUUUGGAGGAUACCAUUGUCACUUUUAUCAUUAUUAUUAUUUUUUUGUGUUGAAUUUGUUUUCCUUCCCAAAGAUUUCCACCACAUUUGUAUAUUAUUAUUAUUGUUAAAUGAAUCCAUUUAUUGUGUUGCCUUUGUAUUACAACUCUCUCCCUUUCUCUGUAAUUGUGUCCGUAAAUCGUUUUUGUCAUUGUAGAAUUAUUACUAGUAUCAUUAUUAUUACUAUUACUAUAAAUACUAUAACUUACUUAAUUACUUACUUACUAUUUACUGU